UGGCUCUCAAGGCAGAGUCUCUUCUCAAAGGCUGUUUCACAGUGAAAAUAUGCUCAGUGCAGCCGAGUGCAUGAAUGAAAAAGCCUCUGGUACCUUCUAGUCUGGCAAAAUGCAGCACAAAACUCAACUUACUCUGUCUUUUCUGCUGUCCCAGGUUCUGCUGCUUGCAUGUGCAGAAGAUUUAGAAUGUGUCCCUGGAUUCCAGCAGAAGGUUUUUUAUAUAGAAAAGCCAGUUGAAUUCACAGAGGACCAGCUGGUUCUGAACCUGAAAUUUGAUGACUGCAAAGGGAACAACAAAUUGAACUUUGAAGUUUCUAACCCAGACUUUACAGUGGAACUUGAUGGGAACUUGGUUGCACUCAAGAAUGUACCAGAAGCUGGCAGAGCCUUGUUUGUCCACGCGCGGUCGGAGCACGCCGAGGAUAUGGCAGAAAUCUUUAUUCUUGAAGCAAACGAAAAACAUGGUGCAUUAAAGGAAAUCUUAAAGCUAGAAGGCAACCUUGGAAUUCCAAGACAAAAAAGGGCUAUUUUGGCAACUCCCAUAUUAAUUCCUGAAAAUCAAAGACCUCCGUUCCCCAGAUUAGUUGGCAAGGUCAUCAGGAGCGAGGGGACAGAGGGAGUGAAGUUUCGGCUCUCUGGGAAGGGAGUAGAUCAAGACCCAAAAGGAAUUUUUAGAAUUAAUGAGAUGAGCGGGGACGUCUCCGUGACCCGGACCCUUGAUCGAGAAGCAAUUGCCAAUUACGAGCUGGAAGUGGAGGUGGUGGAUAUGAACGGGAAAACCGUGGACGGCCCCGUCCGCCUGGACAUCGCGGUCAUCGACCAGAACGACAACCGGCCCAUGUUCAAGGAGGGCCCCUACGUGGGGCACGUCAUGGAGGGCUCUGCCACAGGAACCACCGUGAUGCGCAUGGCCGCCUUCGACGCCGACGACGCGGGCACCGACAACGCCCUGCUGCGCUACAACAUCCUCCGGCAGACCCCCACCAAACCCUCCCCAAACAUGUUCUACAUCGACCCCGAGAAGGGGGACAUCGUCACCGUGGUGUCCCCGGCGCUGCUGGACAGGGAGACGAUGGAAAGCCCAAAGUAUGAGCUGGUUAUAGAGGCCAAGGACAUGGGUGGGAUGGACGUGGGGCUGACGGGCACAGCCACGGCCACCAUCCUCAUCGACGACAAAAACGACCACGCGCCAGAAUUCACCAAGAAGGAGUUCCAGGCCACAGUGAAGGAGGGGGUCACGGGUGUGAUAGUGAACCUGACCGUGGGCGACCGGGACGACCCCGCCACGGGGGCCUGGAGAGCCGUCUACUCCAUCAUCAACGGGAACCCGGGGCAGAGCUUCGAGAUCCACACCAACCCCCAGACCAACGAGGGCAUGCUCUCUGUGGUCAAGCCUCUGGACUACGAGAUCUCAGCCUUCCACACGCUGCUGAUCAAAGUGGAGAACGAGGACCCGCUGAUCCCGGACAUCGCCUACGGCCCCAGCUCCACGGCCACGGUGCAGAUCACCGUGGAGGACGUCAACGAGGGCCCCGUGUUCCACCCCAACCCCAUGGCCGUGACCAAGCAGGAGAACAUCCCCGUGGGCAGCGUGGUGCUCACGCUGAACGCCACCGACCCCGACACGCUGCAGCACCAGACCAUCAGGUACUCAGUGCACAAGGACCCAGCGGGGUGGCUGGAAAUCAACCCCACCAACGGCACGGUUGGCACCACGGCAGUGCUGGACCGGGAAUCGCCCUUCGUGCACAACAACGUCUACACCGCGCUCUUCCUGGCCAUCGACAGCGGUAACCCUCCUGCUACGGGUACAGGGACUUUGCACAUCACCUUGGAGGAUGUCAAUGACAACGUCCCGUCCCUCUAUCCAACACUGGCCAAAGUUUGUGACGACGCAAAAGACCUCAGGGUAGUGGUUCUGGGAGCAUCAGACAAAGACCUCCACCCCAACACAGACCCCUUCAAAUUUGAGCUCAGCAAGCAAUCCGGCCCGGAAAAGUUGUGGAGAAUCAACAGGCUGAACAAUACCCAUGCCCAGGUCAUCCUGCUGCAGAACCUGAAAAAGGCCAAUUACAACAUCCCCAUCUCAGUGACAGAUUCUGGAAAACCUCCUCUGACCAACACCACAGAACUGAGGUUACAAGUGUGUACCUGCAAGAAAUCCAAAAUGGACUGCAGUGCAAGCGAUGCUCUCCACAUCAGCCUGGCCCUGACCCUCCUUUCACUCCUCAGUUUACUUUGUCUGUAAGGAUUCCUGCCAUUUGAAGCUGUCCUACCGAGUUGCCACGGCAACGAGAAGAAGGAAAAACCCGUCAGAUCUGAAGAUUGCAGUUUACAAUUGCUGUUCUUCACUCCUCGGCCUCAGUUGCUCCAGUUUAGUUUGCAAUCUCACUCAACCUUGGUGUUCGACGGCCUCCAGCCCUCUGCCCUCUGUCCCUGGAUCCCUCCUGCAGGACACAAGGUUCACUCAAAAUUUUCUCUGAAUGUUCAAAGACCAUGACAUCCAAACCCGACCUCGGGGGAGCAGAAAAACAAAACGAAACAACAAAACAAACCAGAUUGACUCCAUUUUUUUCUAUCUGUUGACUUGUUGCUAUUCAACUGUUCAGAAAAUAUUUUGUCUGUGGGUUAGUAUUUGUAUAUGUAUGAGUGUAUGUAUAUAUAUAUAUAUAUAUUUAUAUAGAGAGAAGAGUUAUACCACAGGUUUAGCUUUUAUAAAGUGUUCAUCUGGAGGGUGAGAAGGGAGGGAGCAGAAGAAGAUGAGCUGUAGCUGCCCCACCACGGCUAAACCUGCUGCGUUUGCUGCUCGGAGCGCGGGGCUCCGGCACGGCCCUGCUCGUACCUCAGGCUCAGCAAACACAAAACGCAGCCCUGGGGCUUGGUCCUGACCUGAACUGCUCUCCCCGAGCCCAGAGGAGCAGCCCAGGGUGGUCCCUGCUCAGCUCAGCCUGAUUUGGGGGGCUGAAGGGCUGAAAUUUGCUGAGGCAGGGGAGGAAAUGUUUUUAUCACCAUCACAGCAAGGCUCGGUGUUUGCCAGAGCACUGAUCCCUGUCCCAGCCUCUGUCCAGGAGCAGCACAGGUCCCUGUUCCCUAAAUCCCCUCACAAACUCACCAAUCCACCCUUUGGGAUAUAUAUAUAUAUACAUACAUACACACGUACACACAGUUUCCAGUUAAGAGUAACAAGAGCAUUUCUUUGUGUGUGUAAACUUACCACACCUGUUUGCAGACAUGGGGAAAAAAAGGGUGUUUGUUCUCUAUGAAUAUGGAUCCUUUUUUAUUCUGUGAGCAUGUAAGGUCAAAAAAAAAAAAAGAAAAAAAUCCUUCUAACUGUAUGAAGAUGAUCAUCUUGUUAAUAAACUGUAAAUGAUCCAUCAGAGCUCACACCAAAUUUUUAUAAAAUUAACACAAAAAAGUAUACUAGUGACAGACUGUGGCUUUUAUUAGAGCUUGCCAGUAACUAGGGUAAGGUAAGUGUCUUAGAAUAUUUUAAUAAACUUGCUUAUUUAAAGUUUGAACAAGAAAGCUUCCUUAUGCAAUAGAACUUUGCAGCUGCAUCCUUUAGUUAGCAUUUUUACAGUACUUAUGGGUCAUACUCGAUGGCAUCCUUGCCACAGUGAGAUGAUGAGCAUAUCUUCCACACCACGUAUAUGUUUCGAUAGUAAAGGUUUUUGGAAACAUUAAAAAAUAAGUCCAGACGUAUAUUUAGUUUCCCAUAAUGCUACACUAGAUAUUAAAUGUGUGUUGGUGGUUAAAAUUUGCUGUACAAUAGCUUUUCUCCAACUUCCUGCAUUGUACCAAAUAUGAAACAGGGUUUUUUUUUUCUUUCUUCCUUUUUUUUUUUUUUAAUCAAAAGGAGUAAUAACAACAGCGACAGAGGAAAAAUGAGUUUGUGUUGUGAGCUUUCCUAACACUGUAGAUUUCUCGAUAAGUUAUGAGCUGCCUUCAGACCAGUUUUUCUCUUCCAGCUUAACUCCUGCGGCCCUGAGCAAGUGAAAUCUGCCCCUGGUCCCUCAGGAGCCUCUGUGGCACCAGAGUGGCACCCCAGGGACAGUGGGACAGGGCAGGGACACCAGGAGUGCCUUUGGCAGCUUCAGGCACCCCACAGGGACGUGCCUGAUCCCAAACAUUAACCUGGGCACAGCUUCUCCUCCCCUCUCCCUGCCCAUGCCUUGUGUUGACCCCAUGCUGCUGCUUUGCCAUCAACAAUCACGUCUUUUUUAUUAAAAAAAUAAAAAUAUAUAGAAAUAUAUA